AUUUAUACCUGGUUCUAAAAGACGAACGUCUCGUUGGUUAUUUCUGUUUGUAGAAACUACGGCUCUGCCUUGGUUUCUAUUUUUCGAAAGAAUUUCUGUUCACUACAAACACCACUUAACAGGAGGCUGUAUGUAAAAGGUUUUGCGAGAAUACCGUCAUUGUGUCCACUUUCUUUAAGUAGGUCUGCGUAAGCUUAUAAUUUGUUUUCUCCUCGUUGUUGCUCUCGAAGUCACUGAAUUGAUUCUUCUGGUUUUCUAAAAAAGACUUAGGACUCAAAGCAAGUGUAACGGUGUCGGCAUCAACUACUAGUGCUCUCUUAGCAGAAUAAUUUAGACAAAAUGGGUUUCGGACGCGCAAAGGGAGGCAAGAAGGGCGGCAAGGGUACACAUCACCAUAGUUUUCUCCCACUUUCUUGAUGUGUAUUUUCUUUCACGGGUGGCAGAUCUGUCCAGCAAAUAAACAUUCAGUUCUAGUAUGUAUCCUCAUCGUUCAAAACACGAGCAAAAGUUACGAUGUCUUACGAAUUCCCUUUAUUUGUUUCGUAUGUAGGCGUCCGCAAGGAAAAAGGAUCCGGAAAGAAGGGAUAUGGUACUGGCGUGUCUUCCAAGAAAGGUGGAUCAAAAGGAGGAAAGAAAGGAGCCAGCGCAAUGAAGAAAGGAAAGGGUACUCAACGGCUUUAACUAUUGUUCUUGCUUAGAUAUAGGAUUUAGUCACAACUUUUUGCUUGUAGAUUUAUUAGAUCAAGAACUUAUUGGAACGAAAUUACACGAAACUCGGUAUAGCUAACCUGACUAGCUACACGGAAGCGUGUUAAAAAUACGAUGUCAUCCUUGAAAGUACGAAAGAAGAUAGAACACCAAUCAAGUCACGUGAAUUAUAGAUUUAAUGAUACGGCUUUUGUUUCUACGACAAGUUUUUCUCAUGUUUCUUCUUUACACUUUCAUCUGCAGGAAAGGGAGGCAAGGGCAAGGGAAAAGGAAAGGGCAAGGAGCCAAAGACAGAAGAUCUGGAUAAGGAGCUCGCGGAGUACAUGGGAGAAGACGUCAUGGGAAAGCGCCUCGACGGCGAACUUGAUGCCUACAUGAAGGCGGAGUAA